AUGCAUUUCAGGACCAUAACCUUGUUGGUGGCCUCUUUGACGUUGGCACAGGCGCAGGCACGCCCUGACGGUAUGCUGUACAGACGGCAGUACAGCAAUGAUACUUCGUCGCCCGACAUCACCACCACCACUACGACCACUUCUCCGAUUGUCAAUGUUGCAGUUUCUACCAGUAGCAUCGCAGCAACAACCACCACGGAAGACGAAGCUGUCGAGGUGGCCAGUAGUACAGGCUCUACCACUGCAUCUGCGGAGGCUGCUGUUGUGGCUACAACUUCGUCUACGACCACCACAUCCUCCGAGACCGCAGAUAUCACCUCGACCUCGACCUCGACGUCGUCCUCCUCCAUGACCACGAGUGCUGCUGCAGUGACUACAGUUAUAAAAACAUCCGAUUUAUCAGCGAACACCACCACAGCCGCCGAAGAUGCUGUUGUGACAACGACAACGACAUCGUCCAGUGUCGAAACGGCAAAGGAUGCCGCGGCCUCCUCGACCACCUCUACAACUACAAUAGCCGCCAACAAUAUGACCUCAAUCGAAGUCGUCAGUAGUUCUACUACCUCCAGCAGCACUAAGGCUAGCGUUGAUGCCGAGAACAAAACGACAUCUUCAAUGGCCACGAGCACUUCUUCUACUGGAGACGUCAAGAAUGUUGAGACAGCCAACUCUACCACAACUACCAGUAGCAAAGGUGAAGUAAAAGACAUCUCGACUUCUUCGUCUGGUAAGGCUAGCACUACCCGCGGCGAAAUGGAGGAUGUUUCAAGUUCGACAAGCUCUAGCAACGAGGCGUCCAUGACCGAAGCAGUCACAACAGCCUCGACCGGCAGUGCCGUGGUGGCAGCGAAGACUACGAACAGCGCCAAGAUGCCUGCUGAUAUGACUGAAACCUCGAGUGAGGCUGUCGAAGUCAGCACAAGCGUUGAGGACAAGACUUUGACCAUGACGAUUGGCUCUGGGGCAUCCGCAUCUGUCGUCACCACGACGAUCCGCCAGACGAAGACAUUUUUUGUCACGAGCGUCGUGUAUGCCACCAUCACCAAGCCUUCUCCGACUGGAGCCGGUGCCGGUGCCGGUGCUGGUGCUGGCGCUUCACAAAAUCAAGCAGUAGGCGUGAAGCCCACAGCAGCUGGCGAUGGUACCACCACAAUCACCAUGAUGUCUACCACCACGGAGACGGUCACUGUUGUACCUGCGAACACCGGAGUCGCUGCCAAUGCAGGAAGCGCGUGUGGUGUUUCGUAUGUGACUGUCACUCAGACCAUGAAGAGCACCAUCACUGUCACUGCUUCGGCCAUGGUGAGCAAGCCAUCCGUCGAGAAGCAAGUUCAGGAGACGUCUACCAACUCCGGAAGCGUCGGAACUACUUCGGCCAUGAUGAGCCAGCCAUCGGCUGAGACCAAGGUUGAGGAGACUUCGAGUUCCGCCGGGACAAUGUCUACUGCCACUGCCACUGCCACUGCCACCACCAGCAUGAGCGCCAGCACAUCUAAGAUGGGAGCUCCUUAUACUUUUGGAAACGGCACCGAGACCCAACCUUUGAACUUGGCGAGCUCCGGGUUCCUAACGGUUUCGAAAUACGCCAAGGAGACACCAACCGGGCGAAAGCCUUGA